AUGGAUAUCACAACUGUGCUCGCUCUAGUUGUUGCUCUGAUGUCAAUAAGAACUACAGUUACAGCACCACCAACAACCAGAAGGAUAAUUACUACUAUGCCAACAACCACAACUACAACCCGCGCAACCACAUCUACAACACCAACAACCACAACUACAACCCGCACAACCACAUCUAAAACUCCAACAACCACAACUACAGCAACCGCAACUACAUCCCAAACUACUACAACUACUACAGCCCCAACAACCACAACUACAAUCCGCACAACCAAAUCUACAACACCAACAACCACAACUCCAACAACCACAACUAGAACCACAACAACUACAACUAAUCCAACUCCAGCAAACGAUGGUACAAACACAUUAUUUAAACAAAUUACUAACGACAUAUCUUCAACAACUGAAGAAUGUACAGAUGCAACAACCACAACUACUGCAUCUUCAAUUACUGAAGAAUGUAAAGACGACACCACCACGACAACCGAAGAAUGUAUAGAUGACACCACCACGACAACUAAAGAAUGUAAAGAUGAAACAACCACAACAACUGAAGAAUGUAAAGACGACACAACCACAACAACUGAAGAAUGUAAAGAUGACACAACCACAACAACUGAAGAAUGUAAAGAUGACACAACCACAACAACUGCAUCUUCAACAACUGAAGUAUGUAUAGAUGACACAACCACAACAACUGAAGAAUGUAAAGAUGACACAACCACGACAACAGAAGAAUGUAAAGAUGACACAACGACAACAACAGAAGAAUGUAUAGACGACACAACCACAACAACUGAAGAAUGUAAAGAUGACACAACCUCAACAACUGAAGAAUGUAAAGAUGACACAACCACAACAACUGCAUCUUCAACAACUAAAGUAUGUAUAGAUGACACAACCACAACAACUGAAGAAUGUAAAGACGACACAACCACAACAACUGAAGAACGUAUAGAUGACACAACCACAACAACUGAAGAAUGUAAAGAUGACACAACCACAACAACUGCAUCUUCAACAACUGAAGAAUAUAAAGAUGACACAACCACGGCAACAGAAGAAUGUAAAGAUGACACAACGACAACAACAGAAGAAUGUAAAGAUGACACAACCACAACAACUGCAUCUUCAACAACUGAAGAAUGUAUAGAUGACACAACCACAACAACUGAAGAAUGUAAAGAUGACACAACCACGACAACAGAAGAAUGUAAAGAUGACACAACGACAACAACAGAAGAAUGUAAAGAUGACACAACCACAACUACUGCAUCUUCAACAACUGAAGAAUGUAUAGAUGACACAACCAUAACAACUGAAGAAUGCAUAGAUGACACAACCACAACAAUUGAAGAAUGUAAAGACGACACGACCACAACAACUGAAGAAUGUAAAGACGACACGACCACAACAACUGAAGAAUGUAAAGACGACACAACCACAACAACUGCAUCUUCAACAAAUGAAGAAUGUAUAGAUGACACAACCACAACAACUGAAGAAUGUAUAGAUGACACAACCACAACAACUGAAGAAUGUAAAGAUGACACAACCACAACAACUGAAGAAUGUAAAGAUGACACAACCACAACAACUGAAGAAUGUAAAGAUGACACAACCACAACAACUGAAGAAUGUAAAGAUGACACAACCACAACAACUGAAGAAUGUAAAGAUGACACAACCACAACAACUGAAGAGUGUAUAGAUGACACAACCACAACAACUGAAGAAUGUAAAGAUGACACAACCACAACAACUGAAGAAUGUAAAGACGACACAACCACAACAACUGAAGAAUGUAUAGACGACACAACCACAACAACUGAAGAAUGUAAAGAUGACACAACCACAACAACUGAAGAAUGUAUAGAUGACACAACCACAACAACUGAAGAAUGUAAAGAUGACACAACCAAAACAACAGAAGAAUGUAAAGACGACACAACCACAACAACUGAAGAAUGUAAAGAUGACACAACCACAACAACUGAAGAAUGUAAAGACGACACAACCACAACAACUGAAGAGUGUAAAGAUGACACAACCACAACAACUGAAGAAUGUAAAGAUGACACAACCACAACAACUGAAGAAUGUAAAGAUGACACAAACACAACAACUGAAGAAUGUAAAGACGACACAAUCACAACAACUGAAGAAUGUAAAGACGAUACAACCUCAACAACUGACGAAUAUAAAGACGACUCAACCUCAACAACUGAAGAAUGUAAAGAUGACACAACCUCAACAACUGAAGAAUGUAAAAACGACAAAACCUCAACAACUGAAGAAUGUAAAGACAACACAACGACAACAACUGAAGAAUGUAAAGAUGACACAACCUCAACAGCUGCAUCUUUAACAUCUGAAGAAUGUAAAGAUGACACAACCUCAACAACUGAAGAAUGUAAAGACGACACAACCACAACAACUGAAGAAUGUAAAGAUGACACAACCACAACAACUGAAGAAUGUAAAGAUGACACAACCACAACAACUAAAUCUUCAACAACUGAAGAAUGUAUAUAUGACACCACCACGACAACUGAAGAAUGUAAAGAUGACACAACCACAACAACUGCUCCAUCAACUACCACAGAAUGUGAACAUAGCACAACCACUACAAUGACACCUCCAUCAACUACCACAGAAUGUGAAAAUGGCACAACAACAACAACUACACCUUCAACAACCACAGAAUGUGAAAAUACCACAACCACAACAACUGCACCAUCAACAACCACAGAAUGUGAAAAUGACACAACCACAGCAACUGCACUAUCAACAACCACAGAAUGUGAAAAUGGCACAACAACAACAACUGCACCUUCAACUUCUACAGAAUGUGAAAAUAGCCCAACCACAACAACUGCUCCAUCAACUACCACAGAAUGUGAACAUAGCACAACCACUACAAUGACACCUUCAUCAACUACCACAGAAUGUGAAAAUGGCACAACAACAACAACUACACCUUCAACAACCACAGAAUGUGAUAAUACCACAACCACAACAACUGCACCAUCAACAAACACAGAAUGUGAAAAUGACACAACCACAACAACUGCACCUUCAACAACCACAGAAUGUGAAAAUGGCACAACCACAACAACUGCACCUUUAACAACAACAGAAUGUGAAACUAGCACAUUAACUACCACAGAAUGUGAAAAUGGCACAACAACAACAACUACACCUUCAACAACCACAGAAUGUGAAAAUGGCACAAACACAACAACUGCACCUUCAACAACCACAGAAUGUGAAAAUACCACAACCACAACAACUGCACCUUCAACUACUACAGAAUGGGAAAAUGACACAACCACAACAACUGCACCAUCAACAACCACAGAAUGUGAAAAUGGCACAACAACAACAACUGCACCUUCAACUUCUACAGAAUGUGAAAAUAGCCCAACCACAACAACUGCUCCAUCAAGUACCACAGGAUGUGAAAAUAGCACAACCACAACAACUGCACCUCCAACAACCACAGAAUGUGAAAAUAGCACAACCACAACAACUGCACCUUUAACAACAACAGAAUGUGAAACUAGCACAUCAACUACCACAGAAUGUGAAAAUGCCACGACCACAACAACUGCUUCAUCAACUACCACAGAAUGUGAAAAUAGCACAACCACAACAACUGCUCCAUCAACUACCACAGAAUGUGAACAUAGCACAACCACUACAAUGACACCUUCAUCAACUACCACAGAAUGUGAAAAUAGCACAACCACAACAACUGCACCAUCAACAACCACAGAAUGUGAAAAUGGCACAACAACAACAACUGCACCUUCAGCAACCACAGAAUGUGAAAAUGGCACAACCACAACAACUGCACCUUUAACAACAACAGAAUGUGAAACUAGCACAUCAAUUACCACAGAAUGUGAAAAUGGCACAACAACAACAACUACACCUUCAACAACCACAGAAUGUGAAAAUGGCACAAACACAACAACUGCACCUUCAACAACCACAGAAUGUGAAAAUACCACAACCACAACAACUGCAUCUUCAACAACCACAGAAUGUGAAAAUGGCACAAACACAACAACUGCACCUUCAACAACCACAAAAUGUGAAAAUACCACAACCACAACAACUGCAUCUUUAACAACCACUGAAUGUGAAAAUGCCACAACCACAAAAACUGCUCCAUCAACUACCACAGAAUGUGAAAAUGCCACAAUCACAACUUCUCUAUCAACUACCACAGAAUGUGAAAAUAGCACAACCACAAAAACUGCUCCAUCAACUACCACAGAUUUUGAAAACGGCACAAGUACAACACAUACAGCAACUACAGAACCGGCAGACAACACAACCAUAACAACUAUAGCUUCAACAACUAAAGAAUUUAUAAAUGACACAUCCACAACAGCGGCAUUUUUAAGCACUACAGAAGCUAGUAAUGACUCAACCGUAGCAACUACACCUUCACCAAGUGAAACAAACACAACAACUGCAGCUGUAACAACUACAGAAUUUAUGAAUGAAACAACCACUAUUGUGAUCACCAACACAACAUUUAAAGAGACGGUAACACCAACUGUAUCUACAGAAACAACACCAACAUUAACAGAUACAACAACACUAAGCCUACCAACAAUCACAACUACGCCAAUAUCCACCACGACAAUAACUCCUACGCCUACUGCAACACCUGUAUCGACCAACUCCACAACGAAUGUGUCUGACGAUUGCGAACACUUCUUAAAAGAUUUAGACCUAAACAAGUAUACGGCCUGCAUGUUGAAUAAGUCAACUUCUUCAACAACAUCGUCAAAUAACACCACAACAACAACUAUACCACCUACAACAUCAUCCACAACUGAAUCAACAACCACAAUAAAUUAUACAACCACAACUACAUCUAUACCAACUGCAACUACAACAACUUUACCAACUACUACUACAACAACUAUACCAACUACAGCCACUACAACAACUUUACCAGUUUCAACUACAUCCAAAACUGAAACAACAAUCACAACAAAUACUACAACCACAACUACAUCGAUACCAACUACAACUACAACAACAAGUCGAGGAAUAAAUUACAACAGCUGA